AUCAACCUUUCCGACUGUUCUCGGCAGCCUGAAGGGGGUGAGAUCCGGGGAAGGUAAGGGGUAAACAAAUAACCCUUUGGAAAAAAUCUAUAGUCGUAGACUUCAAAGAAUAAAGGUCAGAAAUCAGCACGCCCUCGAACCUUCCACUGCACGAACAUACAAAUUUUGGGGGUGGGUAAUUUCCCCGAAUAGAUCUUAACCGACUCCGUCCUCCUUCGGAAUCAGAACGAUUAUCUCAUUCAAGAGGUUAGAAUUUCUCAUUUAUCUUCGCAAAUUCCUUGCUUUAUUGGUUUUAAUUUCUUCUAUUUAUUAAAAGGAUUGUCUUUUUUGGCAAAUCUGGUAUCUUUUGUGUAGGGUUAUUGAUUUGGGAUUUGGGGAUUUUAUCUGGGGUUAUGAUUAUGAUCAUGUAUAGGGUUUUUGAUGUAUGAUCUAGGAGAGUGAAUGAUUUGAGGCAAAUUAGUUAAGAGAUUUAUAUUGUUCAUCUGUUUUAUUGGGUUUGAUUUCGUUUAGAUUUUUGUUAUUGUAUUUUAGAUAUAUAUAAGAGAUGGAAAGUGGGUUUGGAGAAUCAGCAAGCAUGCCGUCCCAGAGUUGCUCAGGCAAUAGUGCCAAUGAUGCGGGGGAUUUUGAAUGCAAUAUCUGCUUUGAUUUGGCUCAGGAUCCGAUCGUCACCCUUUGCGGUCAUCUCUUUUGCUGGCCUUGUCUCUACAGAUGGCUGCACCAUCACUCACAUUCCCAAGAAUGUCCGGUUUGUAAGGCCCUCAUACAAGAGGAGAAGCUUGUUCCUCUUUAUGGAAGGGGCAAAACACAAACUGACCCACGUUCGAAGUCAUAUCCGGGUAUGGAAAUCCCUCAACGCCCAGCCGGGCAAAGACCAGAAACUGCUCCUCCCCCGGAAACCAAUCAAUUUGCUAAUUAUGGGUUUGGAUUAAUGGGUGGUUUCAUGCCAAUGGCAACUGCAAGGAUUGGUAACUUUACUAUGGGUUUUGGUGGCCUGUUCCCGUCCUUGUUUAAUAUUCAAUUCCAUGGCUUUCCGGAUGCUACUGUGUAUGGAACAACGUCAGGAUUUCCAUAUGGAUUUAAUGCAUUUCAUGGUGGUCAUGCUCAUGGGUUCCAUCGACCAACGAGUCGAGUACAGCAGGCAGAUAAUGUUUUGAAGAAUCUAUUUUUCAUUAUAGGGUUCUUGGUGAUCCUUGCUCUGAUUUGUUGGUAAACGUACGUAACUUAAUCUGGUGUUGGUUUCUUUGAAUGUUAGUGCCUGUAUCUGUAUAUCACCAUCUGCAAUGGGUUUGGUGUUUGAAAAUAAUUAAUUAUAGGACAUCGUCUUGUAUCAUCAAUAUCUGCAAUAAAAUGCAUCUUUGUCU